CCUCGCGUCACGCUACGCUGCCACGGUCGCCGUUCGUCUCGACAGGAGUCCAUCCAUGGCCACCCUCGCGCCACGGCCCCGUCUUCCCCUCGCCCUGAGAAGGCUCCACGCCUCCGCCGCCGCCCCCUGCGCUCGCCGCGCCCCCGUGCCACAGCAGGCCGCGCGGCCGCGGCGCGUCUUCCUCGGCCUCGGCGCCACCGUCAUCGACCAGGUCGCCCGCAUGGCCUCCGGCGGCACCUCGUCCCGCUCUUUCGUUGCCGGAGCACGGCCGAGGCAAGGGGUUUCCCCAGUCGAGCAGAUUCUGAAGAAUGUGGAGUGGCCCGAUGAGUUCCCUUUCAAGCCUGAGGACUUCAGCCGCUUCGACGAAUCAUCAGAUAGUCAGUUCUACUCAGUUCCCCGUUUUGUCACUCACAUUGAUGACGAAGCAAUCCGGGUUCUCACAGAGUACUACUCUGAAGUUCUUCCUCCAAGUAAUACUCCUGGGGUGACCAUUCUGGACAUGUGCAGCAGCUGGGUGAGCCAUUAUCCUCCCGGUUACAAACAGGAGAAGAUUGUGGGGAUGGGUAUGAAUGAAGAUGAACUGAAAAGGAACUCGGUAUUGACCGAGUAUGUUGUGCAAGACCUCAAUGUGAACCCAAAGCUUCCUUUUGAAGAUAACAGUUUUGAUGUUAUCACCAAUGUGGUUAGUGUAGACUACUUGACAAAACCCAUAGAUGUUUUCAAGGAGAUACGGCGAAUACUCAAGCCAGCUGGCCUUGCCAUAAUGAGCUUUUCAAAUCGGUGCUUUUGGACAAAAGCUAUAUCGAUAUGGACAUCAACUGGUGAUGCUGAUCAUGCUUGGAUAGUGGGUGCUUACUUCCAUUAUGCUGGAGGCUUUGAACCACCUCAGGCAGUUGAUAUAUCUCCUAAUCCAGGACGAACUGACCCAAUGUACGUUGUAUACUCCAGAAAGAAUACAGCAUAAACCAAAUAAUGUAUUUUGCAAGGUGACAGGUACACAAACUUAAAAGGCAUCAUGACAUUAGGACUCUGUCAAUGACACGUUAUUGGAAGUUAGGGAUCUGCCGGAGAAACUCUAAUGAACCGAUGCACCGACUAAAAACAACACGAUGCGUAAUCUGUACGAUGUCUCCCAUGGCAGGUUCAUGGGAGUCCCAAACGGA